GAACAAUCAUUCACAUGCACUUGGUUGGACUUGGUGUUUUUACCAAAGACGACACUUCACGUCCGCUACCCUGCGCGUUCAGCCUCUUCAUCUUCACCGGCAAUACCUUCCAGCCAGGGUUGGAUACUUGAGGAACAUAGCUACCACGACCGACAAACCACAAUCCUCGCUACAUCUCGACAACGAGCCAGUUUUCACAGAUGGCAUCGUUACUCACUACAAUGUACGAGUUUUUCAAAUCUUCUCCUUCUCAUCCUCCGCAGCCUCUUAAUCCGCAUUUGACCUUCAAACAAUCCUCCUCCUGUAUCACGAUUAAUUCCUACACAUGGCAUGAGAACGAGCCAACUUCUGCCUGCUCAUCGCCCUGCACACCCUCGCGCGCCACACAACUUCUCCGUCAAGAACUGAAUUCCUCCUGUCCAGUUCAUAAUGUUGACGCGCAGUCUAGCAAUGCCCGCACGCGGGGACAGUUCAAGCCGCAGCGCACGAACAAAGGCACAACAAGCUACCAACUGAGACAGUUCGCCGAGGCGACGCUUGGAAGUGGUAGUCUACGGAAAGCCGUCAAAUUGCCUGAAGGGGAGGAUCUGAAUGAAUGGCUUGCUGUGAACGUGGUCGACUUCUACAACCAGAUCAACCUACUCUACGGGUCCAUCACAGAAUUCUGCUCGCCACAAUCUUGUCCUGAGAUGAAAGCCACAGACGAAUUCGAAUACCUCUGGCAAGACGCCGCAACAGGCUACCCCAAACCGACCAAGAUGCCCGCCCCCGAAUACAUCGAGCACCUGAUGACUUGGGUACAAUCAAACAUCGACAACGAAUCGACCUUCCCCUCGCGCAUCGGUGUUCCGUUCCCAAAACACUUCCCUGCCACGGUGCGUCAGUUGUUCAAGCGCCUGUACCGUGUCUACGCGCAUAUUUAUUGUCACCACUACCAGGUCAUUGUGCACUUGGGUCUCGAGCCGCAUUUGAACACCAGUUUCAAGCACUACGUGCUGUUCAUUGAUGAGCACGGCCUCGAGAAGGGCGGCGGUAAGGAUUACUGGGGUCCGCUAGGGGAUUUGGUCGAGAGUAUGUUGAAGAGUGAUUAGGGAUUGAAUCUUGGCUUGGGAACGGGGUAGAGCGUGGAGUCUGGAACGAGCAUGAAGCAAGAAUGGUGCAACGUCGAGCGAACACGGAAUUCCAUGAGCGUCGGGGCGUUGAAGAUUGAUGUGUAUGAACGUACGGCGUUUGCAGUGAAUGCUGGGAUCACGAGCCACGGGCAGAGAAAUAUGCAAGCAGGGCACACCGCGACGACAGGGCUAAAUUAUGGUUGUAUGGCGUUCAAAGGACAGGAACUGGAAGAUUGCCGGGGAAAUGACUCGACAGAGAUGAAGUCAAGUUUCUCUCGGUCAAAAUGUAAUAAUACAGCUAGAAAUGAAGCAUGAUAUUGGAUCUGA